AAUAACCGAGAGGGGUAGAGUUGGCGGCAGGCUGAGUUGCUGAGUUUAAAAGGGAGCUGGGGGAGAAAGAAUUUGCAAGAGUGCGGGGUGUGGGACUGGGUGGCUCUGAGAAACUGGGGGUGGCGAAUGAUCUCCUGCUGUGCUGUCACCACUCGGUGAGAUGCAAUCUUUGCUGAUAGCUGUGCGGGACUGCCUCAGUGCAAUACAAAGCACCGAGGUCUGAACGGCCAGUUCAGAGAGGAAUUCCUGCCGCUGUUACACCAGAACGUCCAGCCAAGCCUUCCCUCCUCCGAAGCAGCGCCGAUGGCAGACGUGGACGAGUACUCACACCUGGGUUCCGAGCAGGGCAGAGACCAAUCCCACAUCUCCCCGGCCAGGGCCAAACUCACCGUCGGCAUCCUGUUGGUCAUUAACCUGCUGAACUAUAUGGACCGAAGCGUCAUUGCAGGUAUAUUGGAGAAAGUUCAAGAGUACUUUGAUGUAAAUGACAGCUUAGCUGGUUUAUUCCAGACAGUCCUUAUCUGCAGCUUCAUGAUAUUGGCUCCAUUGUUUGGUUACCUGGGUGAUCGAUACAACAGGAAGAUGCUCAUGGCCAUCGGAAUAGCCAUAUGGUGCAGCGCGACGCUGGCAGGAUCCUUCGUUACUCAGUCUGGCUUUUGGUGGCUCAUUUUGUGCUUGGCGUUUGUUGGGGUGGGGCAAGCUAGCUUCUCGACAAUUGCACCCACUAUUAUUGCAGACCUUUUCGUAGAUGUCCAAAGGACGUGGGCGCUCUCCAUCUUCAACAUUGCGAUUCCAGUAGGAAGUGGCCUUGGUUACAUCCUUGGGUCUACUAUGCUGAAGUUAACUAAAGAUUGGCACUGGGGAUUGAGGGUGACCCCGUGCAUUGGUGUUCUUGCCAUAUUGCUCCUUGUGUUCCUGACGCCAAACCCUCCCCGAGGAGCAGCAGAAAAUCACUCAGAGUCCUGGAACCCCAGAACCUCCUGGGUUCAGGAUCUCAAAUACCUGAUGACAAACUGGAGUUUCAUGUUGUCGUCCUUCGCUGUUGCCGCAGUGGCCUUCGUGUCUGGUGUUAUGGCGCUCUGGGGACCCACCUACCUGCUGCGUGCAAACAACGUGGACACCACACACUCUUCACAGAGCCAAGCCAACACUAAAGACAGUAUAAUAUUUGGAGUCAUCGUCUGCUCGUCGGGCAUCUUCGCAAUUGUGAUCGGGGCAGUGGUUUCGAAAACCUUAAGGGCAAAGAACCCUCAAGCGGAUCCUCUUAUUUGUGCAGCUGGUCUGUUGCUCAGUGCACCUUUCUUGUAUCUCCUGAUUGUGUUGGCCGAUCAGAACAUUGUAGCAACAUUCAUCUUCAUCUUCGUCAGUGAGCUUUUCAUCGGCCUGAACUGGACAAUAGUUUCAGAUAUUCUUUUGUAUGUCGUUAUUCCACCCUGUCGCUCAAUGGCUGAAGCAAUCCAGAUCACCAUCUCCCAUGUUUUUGGCGAUGCCUGCAGCCCGUACAUCAUUGGUGUAAUCUCCACUGUCCUUCAGGAGGGACGACCAUCUUCCACGUACAGAGAGUUCAUGAGUCUGCAGUACGCUCUCUUAAUCUGCCCUUUCAUUAUUGUUAUCGGGGCAGCCUUAUUCUUUUGCACUGCUAACCAUUUAGAGGAGGACCAAGAGAAUACAGCAAAGUAUAUUCAAGGUUCAUCAACGGUCACGAAGUGAGGCAAGGACUCCAUCAUCGUGCCUGUGCCAGAGAUCUUCAGCUGAAGUAGCCACUUGAAUUGUUGGCCUGAAGGAGACAUUUAUCCAAAUUCUAGGAUUUCAGAUGAUAAUUUUCAAGUUAAUUAAGAACACUGGCAGCAAAGUUUUAUACAACUGAAGGCAACGUUUUCUGCAAGGCUUUUCGGAAAAUAUUUUUCACCUUUCCAUUUGUCACUCUUCACCUUCCUUUUCUGUGUAACAAACUGAGCUGGUGUGGAUCCAGUUUCUCGGUGGUCGGUGCUCUGUGUAGCUAGCAGAGCUAGUGUUUAUUGCCCAUUGCUGAUCGUCCUUGAAGGUGUUGUUGAGUCACCUUUUUGAAUUGCUGUUGUGAUUGUGAUGAAUGCCCUCUGGUAGAGUUUUUGCGUAGGAAGUUCCUGGAAUUAUCCUCUACUGCUGAAAAUUGUUUCAUUUGUAACAAGUUCUUCUGCCUUGAAACAAAAUCAUUUGAACAAAGCACCAUGAACCACUUAGUGUCUGCUUGCUUAGAAGAGCCUUGACUGCAUGUAUGGAAAGUGAGACUAGCAUUAUACAAACUCUUUUAUAGAUUUCAGGAUGUCCCAAAACACUUUAUUCAAUUAACUAUUUCUGAAGUGUAGCCACUGUUGUAACAGUGAUAUGCUGCAUUAUAUUUGCCCCUCUGUAAAGCCACACAAAACAGCAGCGAGAUGAUCACAGACAAAUAAUGUGCCUUUUUUCUAAUCAGCUAAAGAAUAUGUACUGGCCAGGAUCUCGGAUGAGUGCUACGAAACCUUUAUGUCCAGUUGUUGGAGCAUUCAUUUUGAACUUCUCAUCCAGAGGAGGCCGAAGUUGUUUAACUUUGGGACUUGGUUGUCCAGUUCUCCCAAGUCAAAUAACAAAGUUAAAACUCUCUCUGUCUUUAACAGUCUGUCCUUUGCCACAUCCCUCUCAAGAGCUACUGAGGCUCUCCACAGGUGCCAUUCCAAUCCCCAUACCCCUACUCCAUGUUUGUACCUGGGCAUUGAGCAGAAGGACCUUGUUUGACAAAGUGGGCAUUAUGGCAGAAGCAGCUCUUCCCAUCACCCUAAGACCAAAGCCCUCCACUUUCCCAGUGAGGUCAGUAGAUAACACAUUUAUCUUUAGCCAAUUCACCUCCUGGCCCAAGGGUUCGGAGAACUGGAGCCACUUACACCAAAUCCACAAAAUUUGCACCAACUGCACUUUGAACUUUGGGCUUAGUCAAUGUAACUUCAGGGAGAGGAUUUAUCCUCUGUGCCAGUGAAUAGGAUUUUUAGUUUAUUUCACCAUGACAAGUUAAACUGCAAAUCUUUGUCAGAAUUUUAUAAUUGCUUUUAUCUUCGGAUUUGCUGUUAUAAUGAUUCCUUUGGAGUGAAAAUCAAUAGAGCUCUACAUCCAUUGAAACUCCUGUUGUUUGUCAUUUUUAAUAUUCAGACUAUUGUUUGAAUCCACAUACAACACAGCUGCCAACCAGUUUAAGGAACUGUGUUGGGAAUGUAUAUGCAGACAAAGGAAAGGGAAAUCCGGAAUUAUUCUCAUCAGGGAUGUCGACUUGUAGCUUCUCAUAUGAAACAAACCUUUGGGAAACUGGUACAAACAGAACAAACGUGACUUUGGCAGCCCAGGAUAAACCCAGCUAGGAUCGAUAUGGUUCAGGUCUCUUUUCUCCUCUUGGCUGUGUUUGGUUUAGUGACUUCCAGCUUUGUCUUCAAGUGGAACUAUCUAUGAUUACAAAUAUAGAGUGGGAAUUAGUUUUCUGAGAGAUAGUGCUGAGCAGUGAGAGGGAGUUUUACUGAAUGUUUGAUCUAUGCUCAACUUAACCUGUGUUCUUGGUAUGAACAGUUCAGAAAUGUCACCAUGGCCAGCAGUGAAACCUUUACUUAACUAUGCACAAACAUUUACUGAGAAGCAGAUUUUUCAUUAAACAAAACAAAAUAUGCUUUUCUAAUGGUCAGAAAAGCAGGUGAUUAAUUUCCUGAAUGCUCCAGGAAAUGUUGCUACAUAUCCAUUCCUGACACACUGUAGGUAAAGUAGUCCCAUUUCGUAAUUGGUUUAUUAUUGUCGCAUGUACCGAGAUACAGUGGAAAAACUUUUUUGCAUGCCAUCCAGACAGAUCAUUUCAAAACAUAAGUACAUCAAGGUAGUACAAAGGGAAAAGCAAUAACAGAAUGUAAAAUAUGGUGUUACUGUUAUAGAGAAAGAGCAGUGCAGGUAGACUAUAAGGUGCAAGGGCUACUGUCCAGCAGCUCCAGCAACCCUGGUUUGAACCUGACCUCCAGUGGCAUUCGCAUCUUCUCCCUGUCACGGUGUGGGUUUUCUCUGGACUCUUCAGUUUCCUUCCACAUCCCAGUGACGUGCAGGUUGGUGUGUUACUUGGCCACUGGUGUAGAUGGGUGGUGGGAGCAUCAGGAGGGAAUUGAUGGGGAUGUGAGAGAGAAUAAGUUACUGGGAAAUGAUUGGGAGAUUAGGACUGACAGGACUGCUCUGAGAGUUGGCAUAGACUCGAUGGGCUGAAUGGCCUCCCUCUCAUACCAUAAGUAAAUAUGAGACAAGCAUUAAAAAGAAUUUCACAGAAAAGGAACAAAAAAGGGACAAAGGGAUCUGUAUUGCUUUAUUCUCGCUGCAAGCACAAUGCAACUAAAUUUACAAUGUCUUUAUAUGUGUGUAAGACUGUACACUUUCAUAAGUUGUAUACAUGAAUGUAUUUAAGUAUUCAAUAUGUGAAUAUGUACCAUAAGUACAAAGACUGUAUAAAGCAUAUGAAUGCUUAAUGUACAAUAGUCUGUGCAAUAUAGGUGACGUGUGUGAAAGUGCAUGUUCAGUAGGUUAAUAAAAUA